CAGGGCUGUUUGUCAGGCUGCUUGGCCGGGAUACAGCACGUGGCGUCACUGGGUGUGGUGACUUUAACGAGCCCAUCGGGCUUUACAUCGCGUUAUGAAUGGCUGGGGGGCUGUUCAGUCUUUUCUAAAACAACUGAAAGUCUUUCGUGGCGUUUUCUUUUCGAGUUUAGUCUCGUUUCUUAACUUUGUUAGUUUGGGUGGAAAUGGUCAAAAAACAACUUUAAAUAAAACCCAGGUUAUUCCCAGGUGUCACUACCUGCUCGGUUUGGUGUUAAGGAGGAAUGGUAAAUAAGUCUACGCCUAGAGCAGAGUCAGGCCCUCUAACGGGAUGUCCUAAAGUGUGACAGAAAGCUGUUCUCCAGAAAAGCAGCUCCGCUGUAUACAAAGCCAAUCUCAGUGCAGUGAAGAGGAAAUGAGUCAUAGGAGCUGGAGCCAGAGCGUGGGUGUGGGCGCUUUUAAAACAAGGCCCACACUCGCCAUGACUGAUUCACAUGCGAGCUGCUCUCCGCAAAGUCACCACAUCAGCUUGCGCUUUCACACUUCUCACACACACACACACACGAAUUUCACUUCAGCCAGCUCAAUGGAUAUCAGCACUGUUUUCCGUGCAGUCUGCUUGGCUCUCGUGGCUGGAACCCAUUUAAGUGGAGCAAACGCGGAAAGAACUUCCUUCUGUGCAACAUCAGAGUUCUAUAACAGCGAUCUUGGUGAUUGUGUGCCAUGUUCUACAUGCAUACAGUUCCCCAAAACCCCAUCAUGUCACACAUGCCCACCUGUCAAGUCUCCUGAUUCCUGGAGGGUUGCAGCCAUUACCAGUUUCUCAGUGCUGGCAGCUGUGGUUGUUUUUGGAGCUUUGCUCAUAGGAGUGUUAGUUCAUCAAUGCAAAUCUAAAAGGACAUUAAGUGAGCCCAUUGAGGAAACUACAGGUCCACUUUAUCCUGUGUAGGCAGAGCAUUAAGCAGCACAACUGAAUGGAAUAGAAGAAAUCAAGGUAUCAAGAAAGCUGUUGAUUCAGUCGACGACCUGUUUGCUAAUAUGUUGACUUCAGAGUGUACUAUGAGUAGCAUUCAAGAGGCUUCUAAUUUAUUAUAUUGGUAGGUCAUAUAUAGAGGUGAUUAACACACUCCAGAACAUGUAGACAACAGUCACUGUGAUCUCAGAAACCUCAAAGACAUUGUCCUUUACUGUGUGAGCUAAAGGUGACUAAAGGUGCUUUUUUGAGUAAUCUCCUACACAUCAGCAACGCUCAUAUGCUUUUCAACAGACACGGUGGAAAUAGUUUUUUAACCUCUAUUUUUGAAAGGCAUUAUAUAUAUUUUUUUAUUGGGAACUCCCUUGUUUCGUUUUUCUUCUAGUCAUUUCUUUGAGAAUUCUUGACCCCCCUGUGCACAGCAAAAACUGCCUUAACUUUUCAGAACUGUAGCGUAGAAAUGGCUAUGAGCCACAAAUACCUUUUGUACUUUUUACCUCCAUAUUAGACUUAUUCUGGCCUAUUGAAUGUAUUCUGUAAUCAAUAGUUUGUAGAUAAAUUGUGUAUAUAUUCAUGUCCUUUGCACUGUUAGGAUGUAGUUGUAAGACUGUCUGUAGUAAACUUUCUAUGGGUUAAACGUGUAGGAGAAAUAGCACCUGUAGAGAUGCAUGUCGAAAUACAGGAUGGUGACAAAUUCUAGAAAAAAAAAUGUUAACAGCAUGACGAUGCCCCAUGCACAGGACACGAGGACUCACUAAGCUGAGGGGUAUAAAAUGUAAAUCGUAUGCUAUGGGUUUUGCAGUCACUCAACCGUAGUAAACACCUAUGGGAUUUGUUAGAACCGCUCAUCCCUCCAGUAACAGUUCCAGAAAUUUGUAGAAUCAAUGUGCCUUACUGCAAUGCUUUUAGUUUUUACCGUAAUUUGUGACCUGCUUGUAUUUGGUUCUAAAAAGCUGCUGCAGGUUCAAAUAUCCUGUGACUGACUAGGAUACACUCAGUAAAAAUAAAUCCACACAUCAUAUAAACAUUUUGUCCAUUUGUUAUUACUAAUACUGCCAUUACACUAUAUUAUAAUAGCUAACAUAUGGCUGAUAUUUCUUCAAGCCUUGGCCAUCAUUAUCAACUUAUUAUUUACCAUGCUUCAGACACACUGCUGAAGUACUAAGAAAGCUAAAGCUAUCGGUCCUACAUUAUAGAGCUCAGCGAGGAGGAACAAGGUGGUAAAUCCAAGACUCGUCACUAUUUUGGUAUUGGAUCACCUUGAUAUUUAGGUCAGAGUUUGUGCCUUUAGAGAUGGUUUACCUGAUAUUGGACUGGAAAAAUAAGUCUUAGGCAUGUAAACAAACAACUGAGUUGCACAAUUAGGCAACUGUUGCAUAUUCAGUGAAUGUUAAUUUAAUAUGUAAUGUAAAUAAAGAAUUUUAAAUACAAUCUA